UCCUCACGUCAGCGACGGCAGCUUCGAGGCUCCUUUACACAGGGCGGUCCAGCAACAAUACGCAGCAGCCAUGCCAACAAAAGAGUCAAAGCCAAACCUCAGCCAUUCCCAGGUAACUGAGAUUAUCAAGCGACUCUAUGGCUUGACCGUGUCCGUCAUCCGACCGUUGCCCAGUUAUGAUGAUCAGAACUUUUACGUGGCCCCCAGUGAGGGUGGGGAAUAUGUGUUGAAGGUCAUGAACUCUGAAGACAGUCAAAACAUCCCUGUUUUAGAGCUGCAGACCCACGCCAUGAACUUCUUACACCAAAGAGGCCUUCCUGCCCAGACCGCUUUGCACACUCUGACCGGCCAACUCAUGAGCCUGGAAGAAUUGGAUUGUGGUUUUGGCCUGCAGAAAUAUUUAGUGCGUUUACUUACCUACCUUCCUGGCACUACCGUAGCCAAAAUUACCUGCAGUCCUCAGAUCUUGUAUGAUGUUGGGAAAAAUGCAGCUACUUUGGAUACAGUUUUACUGCAAAUGGAGCAUCCAAACAUCAGCAUCCUUCAAAGAGAAGAUUUUAUAUGGAAUCUCUCCAGCGUUCCUCUCUUAAAAGAGUUUAUUCAUGUGAUGGAUGGGGAUCCUGUACAAAAAGUUGUCAAAGCCAUUCUGGAGCAGUACCAGAUCCAAGUCGUGCCAAAACUGCCAUUGUUUCGCAAGUGCAUUAACCAUGGAGACCUUAAUGACCACAAUCUCUUGGUGAAACCCAAUGGACCUACAAAGUACGAGCUCUCAGGGAUCCUUGAUUUUGGAGAUAUGAGUUAUGGUUAUUUCAUAUUUGAGCUGGCCAUCAGCAUCAUGUAUAUGAUGAUUGAGAAUCCCAAUCCGGUGGACGUUGGAGGCCCAGUGUUGGCGGGAUGGGAAAGUGUUCUUCCUCUCAACGAGGCAGAAAGAGACUCGCUCUAUUUGCUGGUUCUCUGUCGGUUCUGCCAGUCUCUGGUUCUGGCCCGACAUGCAGUGAACCAGCAGCCAGAGAAUGAGGAAUACUUGAUGAUCACUACUAGGAAAGGGCUGCACCAUCUCUGUCGUCUUUGGGAGCUGGGUAAAGAGGAAGUGGAAAGAAUAUGGUUCCAGAGUGCUGCACAGUUUGGCCAACCUUGACUUGAGCAACUGCAUGCUCACAAAGUGUAUGGAUGCAUUGAAGAUAUAGUUCACCUAAAAUUUUACAUUUUAAAAACUUGAAAUAAUCAAAGUCAAUGGUGACUGUGCAAAUAGCAUCAUAAAAGUGGUCUAAAAGUACUUAAAAAUCAUAUGACAUGUUUUAAGCCAAACCAUUUUUGACAUUCAUUUUGGAACUUUGGUUAAAUAGACUCAAUUUUGGUUUGUUCUUCACAAAUCUCUUCGAUGGCUCCAGAAGACUCUAUGAAUACCAAUACCUUUAUUGUCAUUUGUCCAACAGUCCUAAACGAAAAUAAUUUUAGUGUCUCAUUCCAGAAGUGCUCAAACCCACUUUGGAAAAAUUGCACAAUAUUGAUGUGCACAUGUGAUAUGGAUCGCUUUUAUAAUAUUUGCAUUGUCCUUUCGGUACUCGAAAGACCCAGUAAACUACAUAAUUAAAAAAAUAAUAAUAUUUUGUCCCACAAAAGAUAGAAUUUUAAAGUAAAAUAACACCAAUAUGAUUGCAACAUCUACUUUGAUGUAAAAAAACAAGUAUUAAGAAUAAGUAUUAAAUUAGAUUAGAAUUAAUGUGUAAAUGAGCAUGAGAUGCAAUGGCUACCAUACAGUAUAUCCCAAAACUUAAUGUAGUAUUAUACUUGAUUCUCUACAUUGAUGAAGUUGCACGGAAGUCAUUUCUAACACCAAUAUCAAGAAUGCUAUACUUUCCUUAAAGCAGCAGAGGUUUGUUAUUAGAGGAAAGUUCAUUCAUGAGGUCUUUAAUCUUAAAAACAUUUUUUUUUGUCUUUAAUCUUAAUUGUUUCUUAUAUUUCCAUCCAAGAACAAUGAUUUUAAACUUGCACAAUUCAUAGACUAUGAUGUAUCGCUAUGUGUUGUAUAUCAUAGAGAUGGAAUGUGAUGAAAGGUCACAUACGCUUUUAUGGGCUGGGUAUGUCAUAAAUAAACUGACUGCAGCGUUUUAUCUGGUUUGUCAAAGGUCUAUUUUAUUGAGAGGUCAUAGUUUAGUUCAUACUGAAAAGUGCUCUUUUCAAGCAGAACAUCAAGCAAAAAGCAGCGACGACAAAACGUUUGGAAUCAGCAACGAAAUUACUAUAACCUAAACUACUUGUGAUCAAGACUCUUAAAUACAGAACUUAUGAAAAAAAUACUUAAAGCCUUCAUAUCCAUUUGAUUGGGUUAUCAGGGAACACUUAAACUGAAUAAAUGUAUCAUACUUAAAAGUUAUUUUGGAUAAAAAGUCUCUGUCUGCCAAAUCUAUGUAAAUGGAAUUAAAUACACAGACCAAUCAAACACAAAAAAGUGCUAUGCCAAACAAAUAACAGAUGUUAUUGUCCAGAUGUCGGUCUAUUUUAAAAACCACUCUUGUCUCUGCAUAGGUCUCUUGUGGAGGGGUCAAGUAAUUUUGUUUAAUAUCAUGUAACUAAAUAUUGAACCAAUUACCUUAGAAUCUUUCAGGCCAAGUGCUUUAAAGCCAUUUCAUGCUGAUCGGAUACCAAGAAGAACUUCACAAGCAACAAUCCUUCAGUAAAAGCAAACAUGUGGGUUAGAGUAUGCAGCAUUAUUUCAACAAUGCAAUUCAUUCUUACAUUCUGUUGCCUCUAUUUGUGCAGUAUUUGUGAUAAACUGCACCUAUUGUCACGCAGUCACAUUAUAUUGUGCCAAAGAACCUGGUGCCUCAGUGUCCUCCUGUUGUUUGCUUGCCUUUGAACUGAAAAGUGAGCAGAUGGCGUGGAGGAAACGUACACUGCCAUAUCACAUAACAGAUCACAUACAUGUGAAAGGAUGAAUAAAAAUGGACAGAACUCG